AUGAAUUAUGGUGCUGACAGAUGUAGCCCCUUGGCCAUUAUUUCCUUUCUGGUGUGGACCAUUGACUAUCAUCAAUUAAAUAUUAAGGCUGCUGUAUUUGCAGAAGCAGAGAUGACAACUUUCUCUUUGCCUAUUGCUAUUGCAGCUCAUUCUGGUGCACUGGACAUAGGAAUGAAGAAAUCAAAAAGGAAGCAGGGAAAGGGGGCAAGAGAUGAAGGAUGCAAGGGAAAUGAAGAAAAUACAGAGGAUAUUCUUGUGAUAUAUGAACAAGAAGCAGAAGAGUGGGCUCUGUAUUUAAAAUCCCAUUUUGGACACAUAGUGAAGGAAGAAGGAAUCUUACUCUACAAUAUAGAGACUUCAUCUUUCAAGCAGCAGGAGCUAUCCUCUUUAUUAUCUUAUAAAUGUAAACUCCUUAUCCUAUCGUGUGGACUACUUAACUGCCUGAAUCAAAAGAGAAGUUACUUUCUGGAGCGAGUUCUAAGACCUCCAGAUAAUGUGGUGAUUCUACUUUGUGGGGUGGAGAAUUCAGAGAUACUUCAUGAGACACUGACCUUAGAUAGAGGCAGCAAAGAGAUUUCCACUGAUCAGGAGCCUGAGGAGUAUUUGUCUGUUGUUACUGGAAUUAUUCAACCAGGUGAGCCACAGAAUGAAAAUCCUGGAGACUCUUUGCCUGACAUCUAUGAAGUAGUUCUUGCAGAUGAUCCCAAGACUAGCUCUGAUGCUAAUUUGCCAGAUGUCAGGAGAGCAUCAGAAAAAACAGACCUCAGUUUUAAAACAGAGAUACUUUCUGAAACAUUAGAAACUAACAAGCAAUCAAUAUUGGUGCUUCCAGGAAGAAUAUCAUGUGAGAACCCUGGUGAAAUAUUCAUUUUGUUGAAAGAUGAAAUAGAUGAUGAAAAUUUAGAAAUUGAAUUCAUAGCAAAUAAUCAACGAAUUAGGACACAGCCAGCCUCUUGGACUAAGAAGAUCAAGUACAUGAAAGCCUUAGAUUUUCCUGCUGGCCCUGUUUAUGUAAAUGUGUAUUGUGGAGGAGUUGUGAAGACCACAGCACAGAUCGAGUACUAUAGUACACUAAAGGAGAUUGAGCACAUUUUUAAGAAAGUGGCUGACCCAAUCACUUUCACUUGUCAGGCUUUUAAGUUUUCUUCUAUGGAGAAGCUGGAAGAUGCUUUGACUUUUUUAUUGAAAAGCAAAAUGUCUACUUAUGAAUUCAGCCCAUUCCAAAGUGAAGAGCACCAUAAACAAGCUAACAGCUAUUUGGAAGAAUUUCCUACUCUCCUUCACUGCGCAGCCAGAUUUGGAUUAAAGAACCUUGCAACUUUCCUGCUCCAUUCUCCUGAGGCCACAAAGGCGUGCAAAAUAACAAACAAAUAUGGAGAGUAUCCAGCAACUAUCGCUGAGAAGCACGGGCACAGGGAACUAAGAAAAUUAAUCAGAGAAUUGUCAAUUAAUACAGCAGAUAUUUUCACCAAUUGCAAGCUGGAAGUAGAAGAUGAUGACACUUACAUGGUUAUGCUAGGCUCAGAAACUCAACCAGCCGUGAAUAAGUCAUGUUCAUUAAAAAGCAGGCAGGACCCAGGAGAUCAAUAUGGAAUUGGUUCAUGAUGCCAACAAGAAGCUGAGGUGGGUGAGGAAAAAAAAGAUGAUGUAGAAGACAGAAGAGAGACAGAACAUGAAGAUCAAGAAGAUUCAUAGAGCUUUCACAGCCAUCCUGACAAUUUGUAUGCCAGCAUACCUGAUGAUCUCAAAGAGAACAGAAGAGACUGCUUUUUUUGUAAGAGGCCGCCUCCUCCUCCCGCUCGAAACCUGCCUGGCAUCCUAAGACAGGAUGAUUUAUCACAAGAGAGGAAUUCUGUGGAGGACAGAAGUGAAAGACAACAUGGUGAUGGAUUUAUAACAGCAUGCUACAAAGAAGAUACGUGCGAGAGAGACAGUGGAGGGGAAGACCUGUACACUUUCAGGACACUGGAUGAAUCUGUGUAUGACUUCAUACCGGUUGAGGAGGAGGAGAAAAGGAAGGAACUCAAGUCUUUUAUCAUGAACAGGCCACCAGCCCCUGCCCCUCAUCCAGGAUAUUCACCAGUCAGGGAGAACUCUCCCUAUAUAAUGCAAGUGUUUCAGCAAAAGGCAGCUCGAGUGCCCAGUGACAGCAACAGAACAUACUGCGAUGCCAGGAAGCCCACACACAGAGCUCAUGCUGACACAGUAACUGAUAGCACUGUGCAACACAACAUCCCUACUGAACAGGAAGAACUCAUCCAUUUGCAGGAACAGGUGAAAAAGCGGACAACUUCUGUGGAUGAAGCCCUUGACAGAUUUAAACAGUGGCAGAAGGAAAAACAGAGACUACAGUCCUCUCAACAGGAAAAAGCACACCACCUUAGAGACAGCAUUGUUGGAAACAGACUAGAAAAGGAAAGUCGAAGUGUUCCUAAGGAAAGCAGACCAGAGAGCAUUCAUUUUAGAGACUUGUUGUUCCACAUGCCAUUUGCUAAAGCAGUAUGUAUGAAUGCUAGCAGUCCUCAGUCUCCAAUUAGGAACCCAACAGACAAGGAGCAGAAGCCUAAUUAA